AUGGCAUCUCAGAGUUUUAAUCUUCUAAGUGUCUCAGCUAUUCCAGCGUUCACUCACUCGUUUUAUCAUUGCGGAUACUUCAACCCAGAGAUGUCAACCUGUCUUAACAGAAAUGGCUCUAGUAUAUGGUCUAGUUAUGUGAAUCCAUGUUACCACCAAAGCUUUCAAGGCAUCCCGUAUCAACCCGCAGAUGAAGAAAAACCAACUCAAUCAUACAUUGGUCUUAUUGGAAAAGCAAUUCUAAGCUCUCCACAGCAGAAACUUGUUCUUGGUGAUAUCUACAACUACAUUCUAACAAAUUAUCCUUACUUCGGGAAUAAAGGACCAGGAUGGCGUAACUCCAUACGCCACAACUUAUCACUAAAUGAUUGCUUUGUUAAACUGGGUCGCUCUCCAAACGGCAAAGGACACUUCUGGGCAAUCAAUCCACUUAACUAUGAGGACUUCAGUCGUGGAGAGUACAAACGCAAAAGGGCCACGAGAAGAAACCGGGAGAGAAACGGAACUGAGAUAAGAACAAAUGAAAUCUCGAACAACUAUCCAGCUGCUCAAACGAAGUGUAAAAGUUUUUUACAAAAUAGAGGUUUUCACAUCGAAACUCUUUUAUCCAAUAAAUGGGAAGAGAAAGGUAGCGCUGGAUCACUGAAUACUACGUCAGCAUUUGCUGUUGUCGCCAGCUAA